AUGUCUGACGACGCUAACGGCGAUGACAUGCGGAAGAUCCGGAGAGAAAGGAACCGCGAGGCACAACAAGUAUUUCGAAGACGGCGACAAGCUGCAGAUGUAAAACAGAAGGAGCGAAUCGAGAGGUUGGAGAACGUUGUAGAGAACAUGACGCUCCUCUUCAUUGACCUCUUCGACGAGGUCAUCGGAAAUAAGGGUGUACUGAAAAAGCAGGAGGACCUUCUUGCCCUCUUUCAAGACUCAGCGAUGCAGUUGAAGACAAUGGUGCAGCCCAUCACUGAUAUCGACGACGACAACGACGAUGGGAACCCAAACUCUGGGACCACGCGGUCUACCGAUAUCCAUGAAAGACCCAUUUGUUCUACGUCGGCCUCGUUGAGUCAACACAGCACUUUGAGGCAGAACGCCGGCGCGCCCGACCGCUUGAGUCCUUCCAAAAACAAUAGCGGCGGCGAAGUCGAUGGUACCCCUGCAGAGGGCAUGAGAGCGCAACCUAAUGUAGAACAUCUUGAGGCUCUGGACAUGCCACAUAUAUCGACUACGAGGUCGAAUCCUCCUUCUCAAGCAUUUUGCCUUCAACUGUUAGAAGCGACUCUAUCUCAAGCAUGCUUGAUACUAGCCGGCUGUCUUCCCGUAUCACCAGUCGAUUUUCAGACCAUUUUUGGCAUUACAUUGCAGUACCGUUCAAGAGAAGAACAGCUAAGUCAAGUGCGCUGCCUGCUGGGCUCGGAUACAGCAAAGCGUCUGGCAGCAGGGAUGUCUCCAAGGGAGUCUAGGAGGGGCUGGCGGGAUCAACAUAGCCUACAGCUGGGAUUCGGGCUGGUCGCAGAAUACGAGGCCGAUGUGGUACAUGGCAAUGACCUCCCACCAGGGUUUCUUACAGCACUUCAAGUUCAGAAGCAAUUGCAAAGCCUUGGCGCACGAAAGCGGGGGAGUAACAUCCUCGAAGUCAUCACUUCGGCGGUGGAGAGUCCUGAUAUUACUGCACAUGUUUUCGGGUCUACGCUCUACGAACGCACCCCUCAAAUCACCGAUUUUGGCAUCGCCAAAGCCUUGACUUUUCAGCUGAACGUGUCAUUACUCAUCGCAAAUCUUACAAGUUCGGCAAAGUGCUUUUUGACUGGGCCGGCUUACUCUCAGCUGGGCUUUUUCAAGGCCGUGGAAGCGUCAAUGAUAUCAGUCACUGACGCUCCAGCUGGCUAA